CUAGCGCUUACCACCGAAAGCUUGUCCCAAUUGGCUGGUGGCUUGUGUUACUCAUGUCACCUUGUCAGAUCAGUUGUGUAUGGCCGUGGAUACGAAAUUAGCUAUAUUCCUCGCCUCGUCCUCGACCUAUUUCCAGCGCUUUUUUGUCCAUCUCCGUGCGUAUCCUAAGGUGGCCAGGCCCUCAUGAGUCUGCAGCACACUCACGAUCCCGCGACAGCCAUUCACUGCCCAGACUGACAACGGCCCACUACGGUAACGUACCUGAGGGUAAGCAUAACCACCAUGUCCGCCACAACAACAGCUACAGCGGAGCCGGCGCACAGCACGCCGUCAGGGGCGGCAGCACCGCUCCCGCACGUCACUAUCCGCCCCGCGCGCUCCGGCGACCUGCUCGCCAUCGCCCACCUCUGGGCCGCCGCCUUCAUGGACGACAGCCUGGUCGGCGAGACAGUCCACCCGCACCGGGCCGAGUACCCGCACGACGUGUACCUGGGCAGCCUGUGGAGUCUGCGGCCCAAGUACUGGGACUACCGGUGUGUCCUCGACAUUGCGGUCAUCUCGGCCCAGCAAGUGGACAAGUACGUCGACCGGCACUGCGCGGGCGUCGUGAGGGCGGGCAACGAUGUUCCCGACGUGCUGAGCAGGGAGGAUCGCGAGGCUGUUAAUGAUGUCGCGAAGGUCACGACCGGGAGCGGGGACGUGGUUGUCGGGCUUGCGCAGUGGACGAGAUAUGGGGACGGAGAAGGGGUGAGAAAGAGGCUACCUGGAUGGUGGGAUCCCCGCAACCUCAUGCUCCCCCUGACAACCAAGGCCAUGGCUCUCCACGAGCGCAUCUGGCCCAACCGCGCCUCGGACCCUGCCCAGCGGGACAUCUUCAGCCGCUCGCUGCCGCACUGGAUCCACCUCUUUGCCGACCCGGCUCGGGCCGAGUGCUGGAACCUCGCGACCUGCGCGGUGCACCCGUGCUUCCAGGGCCAGGGGAUCGGCAGGAAGCUCGUGGCCGUGGGCAAGGCGCGGGCCGACGCCGAGCGGGUCUGUGCGGUGCUGACGAGCUCGCAGGGCAAGGACGGGUUCUACCAGAAGGGGUGCGGGUUCGAGGAGCAGUUUGGGGACAUGUGCGCGGGCGAGGGGAACCCGAUGGGCAUCUUGCGUGGUCGGGGAGGGCUCAUGUACUGGUACUGGCCGGAGGGCGUAAAGACACCCAGCACGAGGGAGACGCGGGCAGAAGGGCCAAGCGGUGAUGUGCCUGACGAAGUGCAAGAGGAGGUUGCACAGGGGGCGCCCAUUAUAGCAUAGGGUGCUGGGUGGUUGAUUCCCGUUUCGUUGGAGGGUAGCUGGAUCUGUUUUCAAAUAACCAUGACUUUCGGGAGCACGCAUGGUACAUG